AUGUCUGAAACCUUUGAGGUAAAAUCGGGCCUUAGACAACGUGAUGCUCUAUCACCCACCUUGUUUAAUCUAGCAUUAGAAAAAGCAAUGAGAGAAGUAUGGGACGGUCGAAAAAUGGAAGUAUGUGGGGAACGAGUAAUAUUGACAUACGCAGAUGACAUUGUAAUAAUGGGAGAAACUAGAGAUGAAGUCAUAAAUACUGCGUCCAAACUCUUGAAAGCAAGUAAAACCAUAGGGCUGCGUGUAAAUGAGGAAAAGACGAAAUACUUAAUGGUAGCAAGAAGAAGCCCAAACAUAGACCACAUAACAGUAGAUGACUAUAUUUUCAAGAAAGUGGAGGUAUUUAAGUACCUAGGUGUUAACAUAAAUAGCAACAACGACAUGCAUGAAGAAAUCAAUGAUCGAAUAGCAUGCGGCAACCGAUGCUACUAUAGCAUAAGGAGACUCCUUAAAUCAAAACUACUGUCACAUAACUCAAAGACACUACUGUAUCAUAGCUAUUUACGACCAAUAAUCACAUACGCGAGUGAAACAUGGUCACUGACCAAAGGAGACAGCAAACGAUUAAUGACCUUCGAAAGAAAAGUACUGAGAAAGAUAUACGGCUCGAAAUUUAAUGCAGAAUCACAAACUUACGAAAGAAGCAAAAAUCAAGAACUACAGGAGUUAUAUAACAGGCCAAAUAUUAUUUCAUAUAUAAAAAGCAAGCGACUAGAAUGGUUCGGCCAUGUUUGGAGAGCGAAUGAACAAGUAAUAAAAGAAGUGUUAGUUAACAAAAUAAAUAAAAAAACGUCCAUUAGGAAGACCAAGGACCCGAUGGAUGGAAGUUAUAGCUCAAGAUAUAAAAAACGUAGAAGAGUCAUCUUUUGA